AUGCACCACAAGCAUGGUAGCGGCGAUACUUUAACAUACUAUGGAACAGAAGGAGCUGGUGUUUCUUUCAUCGGAAACAAAAGUACGAUAGAGACUUCUGAAAGUGGUCGAGUAGCACUCAAUCUAUUCAGAAAAUUCAUUGAAGGUAAAUAUGAAAUAUUAAUGUUGGAUAAAAUGACUUUAUUGGCAUGACAGAAAUACGUAGUACAGUAAUAAAUAUGUAAGUACAGUAACAGUAAUACAGUAUAAUUCAUUAACGGGUACCAACGUACAGUUUGCCUAUAUAAAAGUCCUUUCUCAUACCUGAAAAAAUAAAUUCCAAAGUCAUUUAGAGCAAACAUAACCUACAUUGUCAGAAAGCUUGUUUGUAAAAACUACAUAUAACUAUAAGACUUUUAAGUUUAUUUUGUACUUAAUGUUCGUACGGUUUGUGAGUUUGCUGUAUAAAGUUACCCGAAAAAGCAAUUUCCUACGGCCCUGUUAACGCUAGUGUUGGUGACGUUACAACAGGGAUUAACCAUAUAAAAGCAUUCGUUGCUGACCAAAUAUUGAUUGGUAGAUGUUUUAAAGGUUUUGAGUGAUCUUGAUAUUUCGGAGGGCAGACAGAGUAUAGUUUUGAGAGCAAAAUGAUUAGUCGUUGUCUAGAUAAAAAUAUUGCGUGACCCCUUUUGUAGAAGCAAGAUAUGAAAAAACAUGGUCUUAAAAUAUAUAGUCUUAAAAGUUCUUUCAAAUAAGAAAAUAAAAAUGAUAUUGGCAUUUCCCUUUAAGAGGCACUCUCAGGAGUAUGCAUGUGUGAAAGUGUGCUUACCUAGUCGUCCUAAGGAUGGAUUGAACUGUAGACAUUCAACAUACAAGUGUUGGAUUCUUAUUGUUAGUUUUUCCUGAAAUGAAGGUGCCAUAUAUAACAUGAGUGCAUAAGAUGAUUCAAUCAGUAACGAUUCGAUAAAGUCACUGUGUAUCCUGUACCAACUAUAUAGAAAAUAUAGAAUCCUGAAAUGCUCUUACAGGAUUAGUGAGUAAAUUAUUCAAGGUAAUAAAUAUACUGGACCAGAAGUAAACUUAAAUUUCACUUUUUAGUACCAUUUAUUGACACAUUGUAAAAAAAAACAAAAAACUUCAGCAACUCGAUUGAGACUUCAACAUAUCAACAUAAAUCUUCCAGAUGGCGCCAUUCAUUCACUGCGUUUGAUAUAUUAAAUCCAGUGCACAAUGUAUAUGUACUUAAAAUUUAUUUGCAUAUUUUCAAUGCAUUUUUAGACUUUAAGGAAAACGAGAGCUUGUCUCAGCUGCAGCAACAACAUAGCGAACUGCAACAACAGCAGCCUGAUGAACCACAGCAACAGCUGAAACAGCCAAAACCAGUACAGCAUCAACAGCAGCAGCAGCAGUCUCAGCUGCAGCAACAACAUAGCGAACUGCAACAGCAGCCAGAUGAACAACAACAACAACAACAACAACAGCAACAGCAGAAACAGCCAAAACUAGUACAGCAUCAAGAACAACAGCAGCAGCAACACCACCAACGAGGUCAACCACCACCACAACAACAUCACUGUCAACAAGAAGAAGAACAAAAUACUGUCGUGAUGUCUAAAACUAUGCAGUGGCAAAAACAGGUUCUAUCCAAGAUUCUGGGUGAAGAGGAAGCAAACAAUGUUUUGCAUUGCGGUAAAGUUGCAUCAGAGGAAAAUGUUGAGGUUAUGGAUUUAACCUUAAAUCAAAAUGAAAGAUUAAUUUUGUAUCUUUCUUGUAAACAUUUUUUCGAUCAAGAUGCUUGGAGCGCUGUUGGUUCUAAUAUAAAACAUAGAUCAGAUGCUACUGGAAUUAUUCUUCCUGUUUACAAUGCAACAGAAGACCCUUAUUGGCUAUUCUAUUUUCCCGGAAAAUUGGAUGUUGUGCUCAAUGCACGACCUACCACGAAAAUAGCUGGCUAUUGGCUGGAUAGUUGUGAUACACAAAAAGAGUUGUACCAAUUGAUGUCGAAUCGUUCGAAAAUUGUGGGCAGAAAUAUUGUUAAAACUGAACAUGGUCCAAUGUACUAUAUAUGUGAUUCCGAGGUUUUUUCUCGUGCCACCUGGAAGAUGCCUCCAAUUUUUAAUGACACUAUAAUCAAACUUUUGCCUUGA